CUUUGAUAGUAAGACGCCAUGUCAUAAUGAGAACAGUUUGUAAAUUGUGACCUGUGAUGCAGUUGGAGUCAAGUUUUGCCACAGUAUUGUACAGUACUUAUUUCACUGAUUGGGAUACAUUUUAAUAAGCUGGACAUAACUUUAAUACAGUGCUGAAUAAAGAAGAAGGAACAUUUUGAGGACAGAAAAAAUACAUUUGUACAUACUAACAAUGAGUGAAAACUUGAAAAUGAAUACAUAUGAAAAAAAGAAGAUGAAUACAACUGAAAAAAAGUUUAAGUGUGCGUUUUGUGAAAGUGCAUAUAACUAUAAGAGCGAUUUAAAGAGACAUAUAAGAAAACAUAGUGAAGAAAAACCAUUUAAAUGUAAUGUAUGCGAAAAAGGUUUUAAACAAAAGAGUCACGUAAAACAACAUAUGAGAAUACAUACAGGAGAAAAACCAUAUGAAUGUAAUUUAUGUAGUAAGGGUUUUACGCAAAUGAGUCGUAUUAUGCAACACAUGAGAAUCCAUACUGGAGAAAGAGAAAAAGUAGGAAAACCAUAUAAAUGUGAUAAAUGCGAUAGUAAAUUCGCUCGAAAGAAUUAUCUUACAAUACAUUUAAGAGUGCAUACUGGAGAAAAACCAUUUAAAUGUAAUAUAUGUGAUAGUGCAUUCAGCAGGAAGACAGUGCUAAAGGAACAUAUGACCAUACAUACAGGAGAAAGACCAUUUCAUUGUAAUGUGUGCGAUAAAACAUUCAGACAAAAGAUAUGUCUGAAAAACCAUAUGAGAAUACAUACAUUAGAAAAACCAUUUGCAUGUGGUCUAUGUGAUAAAACAUUCAGACAAAAAGUACAUCUAAAAACCCAUAUGAGAUUACAUACAGGAGAAAAAACAUUUACAUGUGGCGUUUGUCAGUGUACUUUUAGUACAGUUGGUGGUCUUAAGCAACAUAUGAUAAUACAUGUUAAUAAUGGUUAAAAAACUAUGUACAUGUAAUGAAUGUAACUGUACAAAUUACAAUUGUGUGAUUUCAGCUUUAGAACAACCAGUUUUAGACCAUUUUUAUUCUUGACUUUUUAUGCUUCCCAAAAAAUUCGGGGGAGCAUAUGUGAUAAGCUCAGCAAUUUUGGUCCAAAUGAGAUAUUUUACAACUGUUUCACAGAAAUAAUCACCAUAUUGCAGGUUAAGGUCACAGCAGGACCUUGCAGCAAAAUCGUGUCCGGCCCAUAUCUUCGUUAUUUCAAGUUUGGUUUACAACUAUUUCACAGAAAUGAUCACCAUACUGAGAUGACAUGUCACACGCAACAUUUGGGUUGUUUUUACACUUUGAACUUUGUCUGUGACAUAACUCUGACACUAAAGAGGUAAAACCUUCCAGAUAAAAAUAUGAAAAUGUAUUUUGGACACUUUAGUAAUCAUUUAUUGAGGGAUUGAAACACAAAUGGUCACUAUCAUAACUACUGGUAUAAAACAUGAAAUUUAGGUGAAUAUAUCAAGGUCAAGGUCACUUAAGAUGAUAAAAUAUAGAACUUUGUCCAGUGCAUAUCUCCGCCAUGCAUGGUGGGAUUCCAAUAAAACUUCAUAGAAAUGUUCAACACUAUGAGAAGCAGUGUCACGUGUAUGAAUCAGUUUUCUAGGUUAAAGUUUAAGGUCACACUUAGAGGUCAGUGAAAAUAGCUUGUUUUGAGCCAAACUUCUACAUUCAUUAACUUGGCACAAAUAUUCACCAUUGUGAGGCUGAUUGCGCACAUAAUCCAGGUACCUGUUACCAAAGUCAAGGUCACAUAGAGAGGUCAAAAUUUGUGUACGGGGGACCAUUUCGCCAUCUCGUCAUCAUUUAUUGAUGGAUUGUAACACAAGUAAUAAUUAUGACUACAAGUGUGACACAUUUAAAUUAGGUUAAUAUUUGAAAGGUUAACGUCACUAGAGAUGAUAAAAUAUCCAUAUAAUUUCCUGAUUUUGCCCAGAGCACAUUUCCUAUAUAUGCAUAUCUAUAAUGCCCACAUCUCUGUCUAAAGCUUUUGUGACGGGUGUAUUUUGCGACAAUGUUGCUGUUGUUAAAGAUUUGUGUAAGCCUUUUAUUUGCUUGCUUUGAGAAGAAGUAAAAAAAGAGUUGAGUGUUGCCCCCACUGGUUGGUUGCCCCCUCCCAGUGGUGGGUCUUGAUGCUUAUUGAUGUUGUUAGAUAUUUAGUCAUUGGUAAAAUAAAUGUUUA